GUUCUGGUCUCACCCGGAAGCGGUGCAUAGCACCAUCUCGCCGGAAAUAGGCCGCACCGCAGCCGAGCUUUUCAUUGUCGGCUCCCGGCCUCCAGUCUUCAUGGGGAGGCCGCUCGGCGGCGGCGGCGGCGCCGGUUUGGAGAACGCCAACCCCCUGGUUUACCGGCGCCAGAGCGAGCGGCCCACCACAGCGCGCGAGCAGGAUGAGGGGCUGCCCGACGCCAUCGACGACCGCGAGAUAUUCGAUCUCAUCCGCGGCAUCCACGACCCCGAGCACCCGCUGACCCUGGAGGAGCUGAACGUGGUGGAGCAGCUCCGCGUGCAGGUGAGCGACCCCGAAAGCGCCGUGUCGGUGGAGUUCACACCCACGAUCCCGCACUGCAGCAUGGCGACCCUCAUCGGCCUCUCCAUCAAAGUAAAGCUGAUCCGGUCCCUCCCGGAGAGGUUCAAGGUGGAUGUCCACAUAACACCUGGGACCCAUGCUUCUGAGCAUGCAGUAAACAAGCAACUUGCUGACAAAGAGAGAGUCGCAGCUGCCUUAGAGAACAUGCACUUGCUCCAGGUGGUAAACCAGUGCUUGUCGGGACGAUCUUAGUGUCUGUGUGUCUCUGAGAACAUCUUCAAGGUCUGGUGGAGGCUGGCUUCUUGGUGAAAAAAAGGUCUUUUGUCCUCUGUUGGAGUAAAAAAAUGUAGUUCCUUAGCAAAAAGGCCAUUUAAAUUGGGUUGGGGAUAAACGUGGUUCUGAAAUAUUCCAUUUGAAUAGAGGAAUGUGCUUGUAAUAAUUAACAGAAGCCUUACACCUUCCUAGUCAAAUGGGUCUAUUUUUGAAAACCUCCAGUGAUGGAGCCCCCACAACCCAGGAAGGCAAUUCCAUUAAUUGUUCUCACUGCCAAUAAAUUUCUGCUAGGUUGGAUCUCCCUUUAACAAGGUUCCACCUAUUACUAUCCUGUUUCCCUGAAAGCUGAGAGCUCUUUUCGCCAUCUCCCCUGCUUCCUUGCUUCCCAUGGCUUCCUGUUGCUCUUUGCAGCAUCCCUCUCCUUUCUCCACUUCCCACUCAUUCUUCCUGGGUCUGGAACAACUCAGCCCUUCAUCUGAUUCUGUUCCAGAGCACCAACAUAAGAGGGUGGGGCACCCUAGAAAAGUGUAAGGCUAAUGGACUAAAGGCAAACAGCGCAUGCCCAGAGGCCAUCUACAUAUUUGUAAAAUGUGUCAUUCAUAUAUAUAUAUACAUACAUACACACACACACACACAUACAUAUAUAUAUACAGACACACACACACCUCUAUAGAGAACACAAAUUAUAUCUCUACAAAAUGUAAACUAACUGAAAAACCUGAAACAAUUAAAGAUCUAGAGAAAAAAGCAAAAGGCCUAGAGACAUGUAUAGCUACUUUGAGAUUCAAACAACAAAAUGAGAAACUCUCGGGAAGAAGCUUGCAACCAAACUUAACAUAGUAAGGAACAACUGACAACACAGAAAAUGAACCUUUAGAGAUAAACAGAUGACAAACUUGCCACCAAUAGAAGGGGAACCACCACCACCACCCCCCAAAAAAAUUCCAGUGUAGUCUAGGCCUGCUAGAGUGAAACAUCAUUACCUCCCUUUGGAAGAAAGUGAACAAACUCAUCAUUGAGUUUACCAAUUAUAGAAAAAAGAAAAAAAAAUAAGGCACGCAUUAUUGAUACGAGACUUGGUGCUCAAAGAAACUGAACCAGACCAAUCAAUCUAACUAGGGAAGUUCGCUGUCAUCCAGAUCCAUGAUGCGACUGAGAGGCUUACUAAAAUAACUAAGUCCACAGAUUAUUAUCCUUCUCUCUUUCAUGUGGAAACGACCAAGAGACUAGGAGCACCUAGGCAUGAAAGCCAGAGAGAUGGGGACAAUGGUGGUGUUUUCUUCUGUGCUCCCAAUGAAACGUAAGCAUCCAGUGAGGAAAGACAGAACUUUUGAAGUAAACAGCUGGCUUAAGAGGUGGUAUUGAUGUGAGAACUUUCAAUGCUUAGUUCAUGGUCUACAACACCUACCUGAAGGGCUUUUGACAGACCUCACGAUAACUGGAAAGAACAUCUUUCGAAACUAACUGACUCACCUUAUCAUGGCUGCAGAGCACAUAGUCAAUCUGAUUUUUGUGUUGACCAACUGGUGAUGUCCAUGUGUAGAGUCUUCUCCUGAGUUGUUGGAAAAGAGUGAGAACAAUUAACCAGUGAAUGGCUACCCUCCAGAAGUUGGGGAUGCUCCAUCCCUGGAAGUUUUUAAGGCAAUUGGACAGCCAUUGGUCUGAUAUGCUCCAGGGUCUCCUGUAUUCUGUACAUUUCAGCAGCAUAAGCUAUCAGCAAGGAAGCGUUCAGAAACUAAUAAACCCUUUUAAAAGGGGUUCAGAUAAAUAUCAUUUAAUACAUGGAUGCAAGUCCUUCAUUUCCUGUGUUUGAAAAUAGAACACAUCUGCCAAUAAACUUUCUUUGGAUAA